CAUUGGAACUGGUUAUUUGUUUGUUUGUGAAACUUAAGCCGGCUGACAUUAAAGUAGGAGCAAAGCACAUGUUAAAGUCGUUCUUGCCAAAGCGCUUACCGCAUCUACUCGCAAUAGCAAAUCGAGUUCAAUUAUUUAAGCAACCAGCACAAAGGUUUUAUACACGCGGCAUAAUUAGUAUGGGUGACAAAGGCGAUAAAAUAGCGCUCGAUGAAGCCAAGAAAAUGGCAGCGUAUGCUGCUGUUGAUCAGUGGAUUACCGAAGACACCAAGGUGGUGGGUAUAGGCAGUGGCUCUACCAUUGUGUAUGCUGUCGAACGUUUGGCGCAGCGCGUCUGGAAGGAGGGACAACUGGGCGAUAUGAUCUGUGUGCCGACUUCAUUCCAGUCGCGGCUGCUCAUACUGGAUCACAAUCUAAACUUGGGAGAUCUGGAUCGUAAUCCCUUCAUUGAUGUGUGCAUCGAUGGUGCCGAUGAGGUGGACAGCCAAAUGGUACUUAUCAAAGGCGGUGGCGGUUGCCUUAUGCAGGAAAAGAUAGUAGCAUCUUGUGCCAAAACUUUCAUCAUUGUGGCGGACUAUACAAAGAAAUCGCUGCGCCUAGGCGAGCAGUGGUGCAAAGGCAUACCCAUUGAAGUGUCACCCAUGGCGCAUGUGCCCGUCAAGCUAAAGAUCGAAGCACUUUUUGGCGGUGAGGCAGAGCUGCGCAUGGCAUUCCGAAAGGCCGGUCCCAUUGUCACGGACAAUGGCAACUUUCUACUCGACUGGAAAUUUGUAGCUAAACGAGAAUACGACUGGGAUGAGGUGAAUCGUGUCAUUACUUUGCUACCGGGUGUACUCGAAACGGGCUUAUUCGUCAACAUGGCCAUCAAGAGUUAUUUUGGCAUGGCCGAUGGCACUGUUAAAGUACAGAACAAGUCCCUGCCGGCCGACUGUCAGUAAAAUGAAUUUACACUUUUUGCAUAUUUACAUGUUAUUGCUAUUACUAUUACAAAAUAAAUUACUAAAGGGUUUUGUCCUUUACA